GCCACUUGUAAAAAUUAAGUAUAUAAACCUUGAGCUUUAGGUACAGUUGUGAAACACAUGGCAUCCACAUUGGAAAUGCAACCAUCAUCUCCUCCUUAUAAUUCAAUGAAACAAGAAGAUUUAGAUUUCAACUUAACAGAAUGGGGAAUGAAAAGUAGAAUCAUAAGUAGAGAGAACACAAAAUCAAGAAGAUAUUCAGCAUCAAUUAUAAGAAGCUUUAGAGAAGACACUAAAUCUUUUAGAUCAAACAUAACCAUUUCUAGCACUGCUUCUUCUCCUGGUUACACAUUAAAAGAUGAAAUUGACCCUUCAACUUAUUCUUUCACUACUGCUCUUAAAGCAUUGCAAGCAAGAUCAGUGUAUAAAAGUUGGGAGUGUUUAUCACCAGAUGGAUUUGCUUUGAAUUCAAAAUGGAAUGAAGCAGAAAAAUAUAUAUGCAAUCCUCUUUCAGGGGAAGUACCAAUGGAAUGUUUAUCUGCAAAAACACUUAGUGGAAGAUUAUUUCAAAACUCAACAACAAAUAGAAUCACUAUGUCUGCUCCACUAGUUUUUUCAUCAAGACAAAUUCAAAAAAAGGCAAUGGCUUCAACUUAUAGUUUCACAAAAGAAGAUGUUGCUCUUCACUUUCUUAGUCCAGAAAAGGAAAAUGAGGAAAUGACAAGAGAUGCAUAUACUCAAAGUAGUAUGCUUCAUUGUCUUAGUUCAAGCAAUCCAAGCACUACCUUAACUCCAUCCAUCAUUGAGAUGUCAACAAAUGAAGACUCAACAAAUUCAUAUGACAAUAAAACUAAAUCUGAAGAAGAGGUGGAAAUGAAGGACAAAGACACAUGGGAGACAAGAGAAGAAACAGUGAUGCAUGAAUAUAAGAAGAAAGAUGAACAAAUUUGCAGGAAAAGUGGUUGCUUUUCAUGGAUAAGGAAGAAAAAGAGCAAAGAAAGAGAAAUCCAAAGAAGGAAUAAUAGCAUAUUUCCUAUUAAAUUUAAUGUUUGUUAAAUAAUAAGAGGCUAAAAAAAUAAUAUAGGAUGCUGAGAGAGAAUGGAAUCUCUUUCUUCUCAUACUCUCUUUAGAAAUUUUGAAGUGCAUUAAUUAUUUAUUAUUUGAAAAAGAAAAGUUUAGAACGAUUGCAAGUGUGUGUAGAGUAUAAUUGUACAUAUAUCUGUAGUACAUUUUUAUGUUCCUGCUAUGCAAUUCAAUAAUCAGUGAUGUUAUAUGUUCUA